GUAGACGAAACAAAACAUCAAGAAAAUUUUUGAUUGAAGUGUACGUUUAUGCGAGAAAACCAAAAUUUUGUAAAUUUCGGGACCGUUGAUGAUUGUGAAAGUGUGAAAAUCUCUCAAAUAUAUCCUUUGAACUUGUCAGUGGCUCUGAACCGAAUUGGAAUCGCAUUCGCAUCUGUUAUUACUUUUGCAAAAGACAAGCUGCUGCACCAAAGUCCAAAACAGUUUGAACCUAAAUCAAAGCGGCUGAGCCUUGGCCUAGUGUCACUAGGCACUAGGCAGGGCUGCCUCAGCAGACAGCCAUGGGCCAGCUGUCAGCUGCAUGGGGCACUGCCAUCGCGGCUGUGCUGAUACACACCAUUGGCCUGUGGAACCUGCUCACUCUGCUGCUCUGUCUAGUCACAGUCGCUGUCAGUUUUUGUCUUACGCUGUAUUGGCAAAACGUGCGGGCGGCGGACGAGUACAGUGUGGAGAUAUGUCGUUCCCGGCUGCCACUGCCACAGCCGGGUCUGCCAUCUAUCCUGGCUCAGCUGAGGUCACCGGCACGGGAACUGCGGCUGGACCAGCGGUACACCGGCUCCAGUCCCAUAGACGAGCAGAUCAAACAGGUGCUGCAGUACGCCUUCAGGGACUUCGUCAAACCCUGGUACUCCACGAUCUCGGAUGACCCGGAGUUCCUGUACGAGCUGCAUCAGCUGGUACAGCAUCUGAUCGUCGGGCUGGCGUCCAGGGCGAAGGAGGUGGACUGGGUGCCUUAUCUGACACGGAAGCUGGUCGAAGACGUGCUGCUGCACCUGCGGAUGUUCCGGCAGGCUCGAAACAAGUUCCGGGACCAGCUGGACACCAACAAGCCGCAGGACCUCGAGUCGAUAUUUUUCGACCUUGAGGCCGAGUUGGAGAAGAAGCGACUCUGCCGUGACCUGGUGUGCACGGUCGAUACAUACGAAAAAGAUUACCUGCGGGACGUCUCCCGCGUGCUGCUCCACCAGCUGUUACCGGACGCCGAGUUCUCGUGCCGCGUGCAGCAGGCCGCCGCCGUCGAGCUACUCUCCCAGCUCGCCCUGCUGCCGCUCGCUCAGAUGCUCAGCGAGCCAGACUUUGUCAACCGCACCAUCGUCUGGCUGUGUAGUGACGUCACCAUAGCCAGUGACGUGUUUCUGACGGCGCUGCGGCUGUCGGACGACAUCGGCGAACUACACGCCACCCGAGACGCUGUCAACAAGGAGAUAGCUCUGCUGCGGUCCCGUGACAUCGGUGGGGAUGAGACUGACGAGGUCAAGGAUCAGAUGUCCAGCAUGUUGUACGUCAGGAAGACCAUCGACCACCGGAUACACCGGCUUCAGGAGGGCUCCGACACCGACUCAGCCGGUCUGCCGUCCCAGAUCGACUGGAACCGACUGCAGGCGCCGGGCUGCAAGCUCUUCAACCUGCCGCUGGACGUGAUGCUGAAGAACAACGUGGCGCUCUCCUACUUCCUCGAGUACAUGGCCACCAUCGGCGAGCAGCACCAGCUCAUCUUCUACCUGAACGUCGAGGGCUGGCGGAUAGCGGCCGAGCAGCAGCUGAGCUCUCUCCGGCCCACCCAGCGGCGCGGCCGCAGCGCCGACAUGGACCGACUCAGAGAGGCCGCUCAGAGCAUCUACGAACAGUGCCUCUCGGAAAAGGCCCAGCCGCGAGUCCGGCUGGACGAGGCGAUGCAGAAGCGUCUGAUCUUCAGCAUCAGGAGCGAGCCAACCGUCUGCGAGUCGUGGUUUGAUGAGGCACAGCAGGCCAUUUAUGGACGUUUCCUGGAGGAACGCAUCUACCCGGCUUUCAAGAAGACCCCCUCCUACCUCAAACUUCUGGCCGAGCUGGACCUGCUCAAGGACCCGACCGGCGACGACGACGACUCGCAGUCGACGGGCAGCGGCGGCGACACGGCGUCAAUCGGCUCGGGCGACCUGGCUGCCGACGAGCCGGGCGAGCCGCCGCCGCCGGCGCGCGACCUGGCCAAGGUGUGGCGAAUCGAGACCGACGUGGCGGUGUCGGUGGCGCCGCGCGACACGGCUCGGUCCUACACGGUCUACUCGGUGACGGUGACGGUGAUGGGCCGGGACAAACACCAGGAGACGUGGACCGUGCCCAGGAGGUACUCAGACUUCCACGACUUCCACGAGAAGGUUGUCGAAAGGUACCCGAGUUUAGCUGCUCUCCCGUUCCCCGGCAAGAAGACUUUCAACAACCAGACACAGGCGUUCCUGGAGCGCCGCCGUGCGGGCCUCAACACCUUCCUGAACAUGAUGCUGCGGCCGGACCGACUGGAAGACAAUGAGGGCCUGCUGGCUAUGGCCGUGGCGUUCCUGGAGAUCCCCCAGUACGCCCGGGACCGGGGGAACCUCGAGAAAACGGUGGACAGUAUCGUCACUCCUCUCCGCUCCUCGAUGCGUUCGGUGGGAGACGCCGUGAAGUCUGCACCCGACAGCCUGCUACAGACCGUGGAUGGCGUGGUGGGCGGGCUGAGCCGAGCCAUCCGCGGUCCGGCCGGGUCGCUGAGGCAGCAGGCCGACACACAGCUGCUGAGGGACCCGGCGCUGCUGGACACGGAGGGAGACGACUCACCACUGCGGAUCGUCCUACUGCUCCUGGAGGAGGUAUUUGACCUGAGGUCCCGUAACCAGUGGCUGCGACGGCGAAUGGUCACCAUACUCAGACAGAUCAUCAAGGCCAUGUUCGGCGACCGGAUGAGCCGGCGUAUCGUCGACUACGUGGCCGAGCUGACUGCUCCCGACCAGGCGGCCGAGUACAUCAAACACUUCAAGAACACUUUGUGGCCCAACGGAGCGGCGGCGCAGCACCAGCCGCCCCGCGACGACGCCACGCGCAUGCGCACUCGAAUCGUCGCCAAGACGGCCAUGCUCUCCAGCGUGACAGACGAGAUGAAGCAUAUCCUGGGCUCUGAGACGGCGCGCCGCGGCGUGUUCCUGGUGUUCGACCUGGUGCAGAGCCCGGUGCUGAACCGACGCCUGCUGUACGUCCUGCUGGAGGGAGUGCUGGAGCUGCUGCUGCCCGACUGCGACGUCACAGGUCUGAUGGCGCGCCUGCACGCCCGCUCGCCGCGCGUCUCGGCCGAUAUCCCCGGCUGCCAGCGACGCCAGCCGGUCAGGAAGUGAGAGGGCGGCACGGGGAGAGGGCGGAAGGGAUGGGGGAGAUCACGGGGGAGGGUGCAUGGCCGGUACCGUGGUCCUGUGGGGUGGGAUUGGCGAGAGAAGGGGCCUCGGUGGUUGAAUGAGUCAUCGAUAGCUGGUUCUGAUGUCCUGAGUCCGCGCUGUGAGGUCCAAUCUCUGAACUGUGAUGGUUUAUUCUCUGACCUGUGCUGGCACCGAGUAAAGUUCGAAGGACCGGACUCACCCAGACACAGCACCUAAACACGCAUUGCCAGCUGGGACCAGUGAUACGCGACUGUGAGGCAGAUAUCAUGAUGGGCAACAGCAGCUCCACGAUUCCUUUCUUGCUAGCCAACUUGCCAGUAGAGUAGCUACAACUAGCGACGCUCUGUUAGCACAAACAGUAAAUAUGCACCAUCGUUUCAAAACGAGUGGACCCAGGCCGAGGUGGGCGGUCAUUCAGUUAUCGACAUAACGUUGGAAUUGAACAAUGACUCGAGAUAUUACGCUCCCGUGUGUACGUGUUUUAUUCCAUGCUUAGUUUGUAGCCACAGCUCUUGCAGCCAAGCGGCUUGUCGCCUACUCAGCGUUCAAUCUCUACAUAAGGAUACAAACUAAUCAGUUACAGUCCCUAGUCACAAUUCCUCCUCGUACCAAGAUCCGCGCCGACUAGCUUCGUCAUCUCGGCCCAGGCGCUUAUCCGAACGUGCACAGGUGGUAACUAGCUUCUGAGUAGUUUCUUGUAUUUAGUUUUAGGUAAUAAUCGAUGAGUUUAAGUGAGUUGCACGUUCUGGUGUGGACUGAGAACGUAAAAUGAGAUGUGUUUUGCUUUCACUUGACAAAGACUUUUGCUGCGUUCGACCAAAGAUGUAAGCGAAAACUCAUCCCGAUGUCGCUAGAUAAUGGAAUGCGGUGCACUUACAUAUGUGAUGUUAGUCUUAUGCCGGGCGUCGUGUCAGUACCUGAGUAUUUGAGUAGCCUAUUUUGUGUUAUAUUCUAUCCAAGUCUAAAUGCGUCAACAGCUGCGAGCCUGCUUGACACUAAUAUUUUGUCAGCAAUCCAUUUUUACUCGUGAUAAAUACAAGUGGUAGGGGUUUAUGAA